AGCAACUGAUACCGAAUAUCCCAGUUAUUAAAUUUUACGAACGUGCGGCUAGACCGGUACCUAUGAACUCGUAGAAACAUGGCGGCCUCCGCAUCAGCCGGCGAGACUGUAAUCCCAUGUGACGAUUUUAUGGCAUUUCAGGAAGUGCUGCGGAAGUUUCGUCGUGUAGACGACAACAUAAUAUCAUCUUUAAACACAACUUUACCAACAGAAUCCUUUGCCGCCGAGUGUGACCCCACCGGGCUGUGCAAAAAGUUGUACGAAGAGCUUUUAAACGCUUAUGCUCAACGGGACAAGGCCAUCAAAGGGUGCCUGCAGCAGUCGAAAGACAAGUUGGACCAUCUUCAAGAGUUGCGCGCGGCGAAAGGUGACGAGCCGGCCACUUUGAGGCAACUUCGGAAAGAGCAGUCCAAGAUUCGUAUGUUGCGGAACGAGCUAAACGUCGAAGAAGUUGUCAAGGACCGCAGUUUAAAGGUGUUCCACGACCGAUGCCGGCUCUUCUACAGCCCACCAGAAGUUUAAUAAGAAGGAACACUAGGUGCCUCCAGCUACUACUGCUUUUUUGUAGAUAAACCAGCAACACGAUUCUUUUUUAAAACUUC